UUAUGAUAAUUUGGACAGCGGAAGAGCAACUGAAGUGUAAAGCUUAGAUUCAUUCAUAUAUCUACGGUUGGAGUGGUAAGAUCUAGGAACAACUAGCUUCUUGAAGCUCCAGUCUUUCCAAUUCCAAGUCAAAUCCCCUCCAAGUCGAAGGAGAGAGAGACAACGCUUCCCAAAGAUAAUGCGAGGACUUGCUACUGAACCAGAACCAGAAGAUGAAACCAGCAGCAGCAGAGCUCGAUUCACUCUUCCAUGGAAAAUCUCGCCUUCCCUUCCUUCUUUUCUUCGUCUUCUCCUUCCUCGCAACGGUCUACCCCUUCAGAACAGAGAUUAAGCAGCGGCAGGAUAAAGACGAGCCAUACGUGGGGCUCAACAUCGGCACUGAUGUCUCCAAUUUGCCAUCUCCGGCCGAUUUAGUGGCGCUUCUACAGCUGCAGAAGAUUACUCACGUUCGGCUUUACGACGCCAAUGGCGACAUUCUUAAGGCUCUGGCCAAGACCAAGAUCCGCGUCAUCAUCAGCGUCCCGAACAACCAGCUCCUCGCAAUCGGCUCCUCCAACGCCACUGCCGCCGCCUGGAUCAGCCGCAAUGUCGCCGCAUACUACCCCCAAACCCUAAUCACCGCUGUGGCCGUCGGCGAUGAGGUGCUGACCACCGUGCCCUCCUCAGCGCCGCUCCUCGUCCCUGCCAUCGAGUCCCUCUACGCGGCCCUUGCCGCCUCCAAUUUGCACAACCUGAUAAAGAUUUCCACUCCCCACGCGGCCUCCAUUGUUCUCGAUCCGUUUCCGCCUUCCCAGGCCUUCUUCAACCAAACCCUAGCUCCAAUCGUCUUGCCGUUGCUUCAGUUCUUGUCGCGAACAAAAUCGCCGCUGAUGAUGAAUCUCUACCCCUACUACGUUUUCAUGGAGAACAAAGGGGUUGUUCCUCUGGACAACUCGCUUUUCAGGCCAUUGACGCCGGCCAAAGAGAUGGUCGAUCCCAAUACUCUGCUUCACUAUACGAAUGUCCUCGACGCCAUGAUUGAUGCUGUAUAUUUCUCCAUGAAGAAUCUGAACAUUUCUGACGUUGAAGUGCUCGUCACUGAAACUGGGUGGCCUUCAAAGGGGGAUUCCAAAGAGCCAUACGCCACAAUUGACAAUGCUGACACAUACAAUUCCAAUUUGGUCAAACACGUGUUCGAUAAAAGUGGAACCCCUUUGCACCCCGAAAUCACAUCCAGCGUGUUUAUAUACGAGUUGUUCAAUGAAGACUUGAGGUCAGAGCCGGUUUCCGAGGCCAACUGGGGACUCUUCUAUGGAAACACAACUCAGGUUUACCUGCUUCAUGUUUCCGGGGUUGGGACUUUUUUGGCGAAUGACACGACCAACCAGACCUAUUGUGUGGCCAUGGACGGCGAGGAUUCUAGGACGCUGCAGGCAGCAUUGGAUUGGGCUUGUGGACCAGGACGAGCAAAUUGCUCUGAGAUUCAGCCGGGAGAGAAUUGUUAUGCUCCUAAUACUGUGAAGGACCAUGCUUCCUAUGCGUUUGAUAGCUACUACCAGAAGGAAGGGAAGGCUGCCGGUUCUUGCUUCUUCAAGGGCGUGGCCAUGAUCACCACCACUAACCCAAGUCACGGGAGCUGUACAUUUCCUGGAAGCAAGAAAGCGAGCAAUAAAACAGGAGAGGCAAAGAACACGACAGAAGCAAGUGUUGCAGACGCAACAAGCUUCCCCACCACCAAGGGUGGUUUAAGCCUUUUCUUCGGCUUGGCGCUCUCUCUAUUAUUUGAUUCAUUCAUUUCAUGAUUCCCUUCUCUAGAUGUGGCUUCGUUUUUGAGGGCAUGAUCGACGUCUGAAGGGCCCCAAAUUAUUGGGUUUUGAACACACAUGUGAUUCUUGCGAGGGUCUGGGUUGUAUACUGAGCAGCACAGCAGCACUGAGGAGCAAUUCUUGACCCUUAAUAAUGUGAUGAUCAUUUCAAAAUUCUUGAGCUUUAUUCACUUUGUUUCUUUCUUUCUUUCUUGAACUUUUUCUUGCCACAUUGUUGCAUCGCUGGGCCAUUGAGAAUAGGAAAUUAAGACAGCAAAGAAGUUGGCUUAGUGAUAUUAUUAUAAUUCAUCUGACGGACACUCAACUUUUGAGGAGGAAGCUGACCCAUCAAGCAGGUUAAAGGGUGGAGCCUCGUGCAUGGUCCCAUUUCGUGAGGAGUGCUGUAUAUAAUAUGUUUUGAUUGAUAUAAAACUGGGGUUUAUUAUUGUUAGUGGAGCUUCCAUUAAAUGUCACAAAAGGAGGAAUUGAUCUUAGCUCCUUGUACUA